AUGGCCAUGGAUGAUGAAUAUAACGCUCUAAUUAAAAAUAAGAUGUGGCAUUUAGCGCCACAACCCACCGGUUUUAAUGUUAUUCAAUCUAUGUGGAUUUUUAGACAUAAAGAAAAAUCUGACGGUUCUUUUGAGAGGCAUAAAGCCCGACUUGUAGGUGAUGGUGCAGGUCAACAGGUUGGCAUCGAUUGUGGAGAAACUUUUAGUCCCGUGGUCAAACUAGCUACUAUUCGUAUUGUCCUUAGUAUUGCUAUCUCAAAAUCUUGGCAAAUUCAUCAGUUGGAUGUCAAGAAUGUGUUUCUCCAUUGA